AUGACUUCUUUCGACGGCAAAGUGAUUGCCGUGACUGGCGCUGCAUCCGGCAUGGGUCUAGCCACUGCCCAACUCCUCGCGUCGAGAGGAGCAAUAAUCUCUCUCGCAGAUAUCAACGAAGAAGUCCUAAAGUCCGUCCUCGAUUCGCUUCCAGGUAAUGGGCAUAUUUAUCAGGUAGUCGACGUCAGUCAAAGUGAAUCAGUGAAUGCAUGGAUCAAACAGACCAUCGACAAGUUUGGCAAGCUAGAUGGUGCUGUUAAUAUGGCUGGUAUCAUAGCUGAACCGACACCACUCACUGAGUACACCGAUGAAGUCUGGGAUAGGAUGUUUGCAGUUAAUACACGGGGAGUAUUCAAUUGUUUACGCGCAGAGUUGAAGACCAUAACGGCUGGUGGAAGUAUUGUAUCUGCUGCAAGCGUCUUUGGUCAGUUCGGAGCACCCGGCCACGUCGCUUACUGUGCCAGCAAAGCAGCCGUUAUUGGACUGUCCAGGACGGCUGCUAAGGAGAAUGAACAUAUUCGAGUGAACUGUGUCUCGCCAGGCUCUGUGAGCACCGCUAUGAAUCAACACGAUGACCCCGAGCAUGUGAAGCGUAGUCUUGCAGGGACUGUGCAAAAAAGGAGGGCGGAACCAAUUGAAGUCGCUCGUGUUAUCGCUUUCCUUCUUAGCGAUGAGGCAUCUUUCGUGACAGGUGCUGUGUACAACGUGGAUGGCGGUUGGGUAUGCUAA